AGAGAGAGGUGUGGGGAGAGGGGCAGCUCCCGAGAAGGCGGAGCCGUGCAAGUUUGCGGCUGCUCCCACUGUCACUCUGCACCCCAGCAAUGGACGUCCUAUUCGGCAGGAAUAAGAAAGAGCAGCUGGAGCCGGUGAAGGCCAAAGUCAGAGGUCAGAUUCCGCCAUGGCUGCAGGGCACCCUGCUGCGCAACGGGCCCGGCAUGCACACGAUCGGGGAGAGCAGAUACAACCACUGGUUCGACGGCCUGGCCCUCCUGCACAGCUUCGCCAUCAGGGACGGGGAAGUCUCUUACAGGAGCAAAUACCUGAGAAGUGACACGUACAACGCCAACAUCGAGGCAAACAGGAUCGUGGUGUCGGAGUUCGGAACAAUGGCCUACCCGGACCCCUGCAAAAACAUAUUUUCCAAAGCUUUCUCCUACUUGUCUCAUACCAUCCCCGACUUCACAGACAACUGCCUGAUCAACAUCAUGAAGUGUGGGGAAGACUUCUACGCGACCUCAGAGACAAAUUACAUCAGGAAAAUCAACCCAGAGACCCUGGAAACCCUGGAGAAGGUUGAUUAUCGUAAAUAUGUGGCGGUGAAUAUGGCAACAGCACAUCCUCACUAUGACGCUGCUGGAAACGUUUUCAACAUGGGCACAUCCAUUGUGGACAAAGGGAAGACAAAGUAUGUGAUGUUUCGGAUCCCUGCCGAGGUUCCAGAGGCCAAGGGGAAGGGGAAGCGGAGCCCCCUGACGCAGGCCGAGGCGUUCUGCUCCGUGCCCUCGCGCUCCCUGCUCUCCCCGAGCUACUACCACAGCUUCGGCAUCACCGAGAACUACCUCGUGUUCCUGGAGCAGCCUUUCAAGCUGGACAUCCUCAAGAUGGCAACGGCGUACAUCCGGGGCGUGAGCUGGGCGUCCUGCAUGGCUUUCCACCCCGAGGACAAGACCUACAUUCACGUCAUCGACCAGAGGACCCGGAAGCCCAUGCCCGUCAGGUUCUACACGGACCCCCUGGUGGUCUUCCAUCACGUCAACGCCUACGAGGAGGACGGCUGCAUCGUGUUUGACGUCAUCGCCUACGACGACAGCAGCCUCUACCAGCUCUUCUACCUGGCCAACCUGAACCAGGCCUUCGAGCAGAAUGCCAGGCUCACCUCGGCCCCCACCCUCCGCAGAUUUGCCCUGCCCCUCCGCGGGGACCAGAAUGCGGAAGUGGGCUCAAAUUUGAUCAAGCUGACGUCCACUACGGCGAGAGCCCUGAAGGAGAAAGAUGACCAAGUGUACUGCCAGCCGGAAUUCCUGUAUGAAGGCUUGGAGCUACCGCGAAUCAAUUACUCAUACAACGGGAAGCCCUACCGAUAUGUGUUUGCUGCCGAAGUUCAGUGGAGUCCCAUCCCAACCAAGAUUCUAAAGUAUGACAUUCUCACAAAAUCAUCCUUAAAAUGGGAAGAGGAGGGCUGCUGGCCGGCAGAACCCCUGUUCGUGCCUGCUCCGGGUGCACAGGACGAGGACGACGGAGUUAUCUUAUCAGCCAUUGUCUCUACUGAUGCCCAAAAGCCGCCUUUUCUACUUAUUUUGGAUGCCAAAAGCUUUACAGAAUUGGCUCGCGCCUCCGUCGACGUGGAGAUGCAUCUGGACCUCCAUGGGGUGUUCAUCCCAGACAAAGACUGGGUCGCGCAGAAGCAGGUCCCCUCCCAGGGACCGCAGGAAGGGGCCCCACGGGCCUGAUGGUGUUGGGGCGCGGGCCCUGGGGGGUAGCUCAGCUGUUGGACCUGCGGUACUCGGAGGUGACGCCUCUCUGGGUGGUUUGGCUUUUCACUUCAGCUUUCUCUGGAUGUUUUGGUGAGGGCCUGGAGACAGAGCAUGUCAGAACCUUUUCUGUUAUUUCAUUUUAGCCAUGAAAACCCUAUUUGAAAGUCAUAUGUUUACUGACUAGCUCCAGCACCUCUAAGAAAGCCAUUCCCUUCAUGAUAAAGACCUUGACUGGGAAUCAGACAUUGUACUAAAUCACAUUAUCGUUGUGAUGAGAACAAGCCACUGCUCACAUAUUAGGGGAGAGCAGCAUUAAUAUUUAUCAUGCUCCCGCCUCCAUCUCUCUCUCUUCCCCACCCUCCCUCCCUCCCUCUAAUGGACUGAUUUGUGGGUCUGAGAGUCACAGCUGCCUAACCCGAGCCCUGUUAAUAAGUCGGAGGACCAGAAAGGCAUGUUGCUUUGUGGCCAUUCCAUGCAAGGCUUGGUGCAAUAGAAAAGAAUAAAAACUUUAAAGUCUGUUCAGUGCUUACUUUGUUUUUAUGUGGCUUCUUUCUCUGAAGCUUUUCUGAGGCAAUAAAAGGGAGUUGCUGGGUGGCUCACAGCCAGCAAGAUGCCUGGUUGCAGUCAGUGGGAGAUUGGCGUUGUAGGAGGGCAUUGCACUGCUGGACACUGACCUUGCUACCCACGGCCGGGGAUGAGAGUCUAGGGUGGAGUCGGGAGCCAGGGCUGGCACCAGGAGCCCUGUCUGCUGCUGCAGAGAGGCAGAGCACGAGCUGUGCCCAGGCCCAUGUCUAUGGGGUAAGCAGAGUCUUCAGGCUCCACUCAGGUGCUGCUGGAAUAGACCAGGUGUUCUGGGCAGAGGUGAGGAGUUGAUGGUCUCUGAGUCAGGAGGUGAUGGGGAUGGAGGGAGUUGGGAAUGAGCCACGCAGGGCGCCACGUGGUUAGUAGGAGCCCCUUGGGCAUCUGAGCCUCAUCUUUAUAGUCUAGUGGGUGUUUGGAGGGUGGUUAAAAUAAUCAAAGGUAGGUUGGAUAAUUCCCAGGUACCCACGUCACGGGGUCAGGGGAGUUGGGAUUCCCACUGUUGUUCGGCAUUUGUGCCUUCUCCUGAGUCACCCCUGGGGUUUGACAUGUGUCUAAGGGGUGGGAAGGAGCUGCUGGUAGCAAUGCGUUGAAUACCCUGGAGGGAGCAGGCCGAAGCCAGGGCGAUCUUGGCUUUGGCCCCACAAUCACCAUGAAGUUUGCUUCUACUAAAAUGUAGACUCCAUUAGGCCAGGGGAUACUUGUGUUUUACUGAGGUAGCUGCACAUGCAUUGGCAGUUCUGUGACAUCCCACAUAAAGGUCCUAUGUGAACCCUACCCAGUUUUUCCUCCAAACGGCAACAUUAAGCUGAACUACACAGCACAACACCACAACCAGGACAUGACGUGGGUCCCAUCUUCCCAUCGGACUCAGAUUGGCCAGUUUCACUUGUACUCAUUUCUCUGUGUGUGUGUGUGUAUGUGUGUGUAGAGAGAGAGAGAGAGAGAGAGAGAGAGUAAGUCUUCCAUCUGCUGGUUCACCCCCCAAAUGGCCGCAAUGACUGGAGCUGCACAGAUCCAAGGCCAGGAGCCAGGAGCUUCUUCUGGGUCUCCCACAUGGGUGCAGGGACCCACAGCAGAGAGCUGGAUCAGAAAUGGAGCAGCCGAGACUCCAACCGGCAUCCAUAAGGGAUGCUGGCACUGCAGGUGGUGGCUUUACCCGCUGUGCCAUGGUGCUGGCCCCCACACCUGCCUCCUUCUAACCCCAGGCCCUACCCCUAGCUUUUGAAAACCACUGACUGUUAUGUUUGUCAUUUCCGAACACUGCAGUCACAUUGGCCUUAGGACUGGCUUUUUCCACAGUCGAUUUUAUUGGACAUUCACCCAGGUGUUGUGUACUCAUCCAAGUUGUUGUGGGUUAGGCACAAUUGACUCACAACUUCACCCUCAGCACCUGUAACACUGCCUGGGUAAUACAGGAACUCAGUGAAGGUUGGCUCAGUAAAGGGAUGAGUUGCCCCAGCAGACACAUCAACAGCCCUCCUGGAGGAGUAGGGACGACAGUUCACGUGGACCCCAAGGGCAACAUACAACAUUCCCUGCUAAGGUUGCUCUCUCCUACAACCCCAACCCUCUUCUCUCCCCUCACCUGCUGGCCCCUCGAAACCACCAGCAUUUCCACUUCACCCUCAGCUCACACCCCAUUAAACAAAAACACACACCACGGGAAGGGCAGAACGAAGACCAGGUACUCUUCCUCAGAGCUUUCUCUGGGACUCUGUUCCCCGGCCUUGACAGUGUGGACUAGGGGGAAAUGUAGGCCAUAGUGCUCCAGGAAAAGCAUGAUCCAGGCUCAUGUCUGGGUGGCCGGAAUGGGAAAGAGUUGACAAGUGUGGCAGCCACUCACCUACUUGCUCUUCUACUUCAAAUACUUGAGAAGUGGGUGGAACUAAAAAAUACCUCCCCACCUCCCUUCUACUCAGUUCCAGUUGACAAACAAUACCAGCCCUAAUCACAAAAAGGGUGCAGUUCUGCAGGUCCGAGAACUAUGUCCACAAUUUGUUGACCUUGUUUAAGGUGACAGGUGCAAUGACUGAUGAGGGAGGCUGGCACACCGGGUCUUUUCCAGUUUCAAACACACCAGAGGUUGAUGCCAGGAGAGUUGAUUUAUCUGGCUGCUUUAUUCCAUCACAUUGUCUACAUCCCCGGACCAGAGAAAUUAGCUCACAGCUCUCCAAGAGUUGUGACAAAUGCUCCUUUCUUGAGGGAACCGCAAGGUGGGCCAUCUGAUUUCCUGAGCUGUCCUUGGUACGCUUCACCUGAGUGUAAAAGAUGACCGGGAAGCUGUGCAGGAAAAGUCACCCUGGAUUCGUUGUUGCUUUGAUGGCGUCAUAGCACUUCCCAAGCACGCCGGGACGCAGGGGUCAGUUACGUGGCAGGUGUUCACGUGUUUGCUGACUCACUAACCUUUUCCACCAAAGGUUUCUAUGAUUUGAUUCCAGUUAGCUGGAUGUAUAGAUGAGCAAAUUAACCCAAAUUCACUUAGCAUCCAUACUGUAGCCUGGAUCGGUACUGCAUUGCUUGCUGUAGCUGAUAUUCACUGUGUGAAAACUCCAAGUGCAUUUGAGCUACAGCUGCAAUAUGUCUCCAUCUUCGUGCCCUCCCCCAUCAGAGUUCCUGAAGUCAGUCUAACAGCUUUGAGGUGGUUGCUGGUCCAGGUUGAGCACAAACACCUUUGAUGACUUCUUACAUUGUUUCAAGGUCAUCUGUGUGGUUUUUAAAUGACCAGUAGAGGCUUUCCUCCCAGCCAAGCAGGACACGCAGACCAAAAAGGCAUCACCAGUGUUCAUCACCCAACAGUGGUGAGCCAGGGGCCUCACAGCCUCACCUUCCUUCUGGGCAUUUAGACUCGGAGAGCAGGGCCACCCACACCAGCUCCCGAGCCACCAUCACAAGACACCUGCUGAGGUCCAGCCCCAGCAAGGAGGAGGAUGUUUUCUUGGGGACAAGCAGCAGAGAUGCAGGGACACGGUGUUCAGGGCGGGUGGGGAUGAGCCAGGCUUCCUUCUUCCUGGUAAUCAGGAAAGGCUUCCCAGAGGGAUGGGACUUGAGGACCUGCCUGAGUGGCUGGAGGGAGUGCCAGGCCAGGCUGAGUGUGCAGCCGGGACAGGCUUCAGCGGCAGGUGUGAGCUGACAGAACAAAGCAGGUGUCCAGGGGAUUUCCCAACUCCAGAGCAGUAGCCAGAGCGGAGACUUAGGGAUCUUUUUUUUCUUGGGUUGUAAAUACCGUGUAUGUUCACUGUAGAGCACUUGGAUACGUUAAAGACAGGAGAGAAACUCCCAUAGUCACUACCCCAAGAAAGCCUCUGAAGUCACUCUGCAGUGUUUUUAUCCAUUUUUUCCCCAGUACCUAUUAGUGAUCGCUUUAUAACCUGCUUUUUGCACUUGCCAUUUGAUGUGUUUUCCCAAGUUAUUAAUGUUUUUAAUGAGAGACUCAUUGCCUGUGUGGAGCAUGGCAGCACGUACAGUACCUUGGCCUUGCUUCCACUGUUCACAGGUAACAUCCUGAGUCGCAGCCGUCUGGGUAAAGAAAAUCCCAGAGUUCCCCCCUGCCCUGGGUUCAGGUGCUGCUGGUGGUAGCGGUUUUCUUUGGAUGCCCAACCUGGGAUUUCCGACUAAGGAGGGUAAACCAGGGUCUGGGGGUUGCUUUUGAAAAGCCGAAGGUGCAGAUGUCCUAAAUAGCACUCUGGCCUCAGAAUCAGCCCUAAAGGCAUUCGGAUCUGGCUGAAAAGCCCAUGAGAGUAUUUCAGGCAUGGAAAGCCAAGACACUCUGGCAAAAGAUCUCUGUGAGUGAGAUCCCAGUGGAAAGAACAGGUCUUCAAAGAAGGAGGUACCUUUCUCUGAAGGGAGGAGAGAACCUCCACUUUGACUAUGACCUUGUCUAAACAAGAUAAGAGUCGGAGAACUCAGAGGGCUUCUAUAGCCUUGGAAACUCAUGACUGGAGCAUAGGGAGAUUACUGAUGCCAUAGACAGGAGUGUCAAUUGGUAAAGUCAACAACAGGAGUCACUGUGCACUUACUCCUCAUGUAGGAUCUCUGUCCUUAAUGUGCUGUGCAUUGAGAUUUAAUGCUAUAACGAGUACUCAAACAAUAUAUUUCACUUUGUGUUUCUAUGGGGGUACAAACUGUUGAAAUCUUUACUUAAUGCAUACUAAACUGAUCUUCUGUAAAAAAAAAAAAAAAAGAAAUUAUCAAUUCCCAACUUGACUCUCACUGGGAUUAAACAUGACAAUAGGUCUGAUCUGAUUUCAUCAUCAUUUAAAAAAAUCAUCUAUUAUUUUUCACUUUAUGUUUCUGUGUGGGAGCAAACUGUUGAAAUCCUUACUUAAUGUAUACUAAGCUGAUCUUCUGUAUAUUAAGAUAAUCGAAAAUGAAUCUUGAUGUGAAUGGAAGGGGAGAGGGAGUGGGAAAGGGGAGGGUUGUGGGUGGGAGGGACGGUAUGGGGGGGAAGCCAUUGUAAUCCAUAAGUCGUACUUUGGAAAUUUAUAUUCAUUAAAUAAAAGUUAAAAAAAAUCAAAAAAAAAAGAAAGAAGGGAGGAAAAGCUUAAACUACUAGAUUGUAAAGUAGGAACAAAUGGACAGAAAAGCUGGAGGUGAAGGGGUGAAGAUUAGGUAAAGGAAAAAUCUAAUUUCUUAAAUCCUUAAAAACAGAAAGGAAGAAAGGAGGGGAAAUAGAGAAGUAUGGUUAUGUUCUUAUGGAAUUACAUUCUUUUGCAAUCUGUUCUCUUUGUAUCAAUAAAAAUAAAAAUGCUUAAAAAAAAAAAAAAGAAAA